AUGCCUGGUGCAGGCAGUGGUGAUGUUCAAGAGAAGCAGCUUACAGCUGACACUGAAAAGGAGAAAAACCUGCUGCCUGGUAGAAGAAACCAUGCUGGAAACCUGACUCUGCCUGAGAAGAAAGUCCAGGAGGCUAUUUGUGUGCUGCUGGUGGAGCUGUGUGAGAGGUUCACAUUCUUUGGCAUCGUCUGCAAUAUGAUCCUCUUCUGCACCAUCAGACUUGGCUAUCGCAACUACCAGGCUGCCAUUGUAAAUAUGUGCUUUGUGGGCACCUCCAUGCUGACGCCAGUGCUGGCUGGCUGGCUCGCCGAGUGCCUUGUGGGGAGGAUCAAGCUGGUGUGCAUCUGCAUGUUUCUACACUUCUUAGGCACAGCCCUGCUACCCAUUGUGGCUUUCCCUUUUGAAGAUAUCUACAUUGACAAACGACAUAUUCUUCUUCAUACGCUAACCAAAAAGGAGCAGAAAAUAGUGUUCUACUUUGCACUACUCACAGCUAGCCUGGGAAUAGGAGGCAUAAGAGCUAUAGUUUGUCCACUAAGUGCAUACAACCUUGAGAACUGUGGACCAAAGGAACUUCUUUCUUUUUUCAACUGGUUUUAUUGGCUGAUUAACUUAAAUUCAGCGGUUGUCUUUGUCAGCAUCUCUUAUAUCCAGCAAUCUGUGGCGAGAAAUCUUGGUUUUCUUCUCCCAUUUGUGUCUGUGCUUAUGGCCAUGAUCACAAUUCACAUGGUGCGUGGAGAAAUGAUUUACAAACCCAAAACAGACAGUUCCCUUCUGACAACUUUUGGGGUAAUUGGUAGUGCACUGAAAACAUGCUGUGUGCGGUAUCGCUACUUUAGUGGAGAUGUAUCCAGCUGGUUAGAUCAUGCCAAGGAAUAUCAUGGUGGUCAGUACAGUGAGACUCAAGUGGAAAGUACAAAGUCACUUGCCAGGCUCUUCCCAUUGUUUGCUUUCCAAAUUCUUUACAGAACAUGUAUUAUGCAGAUUCCUUCAGGAUAUUAUCUCCAAACCAUGAAUUCCAACUUGAACUUCAGUGGAUUUGUAUUGCCAAUUGCUGCGAUGAAUGUGAUAAGCAUCGUGCCGCUACUGAUUCUUGUUCCAAUUUUGGAAUGCAUUAACUCAUAUCUCUUCAGCUCCAAGGCAAGUGGACAUUCUCCAACAAUUUACAUUGUUGCAGGUCAAUUAUGUGCUGCACUUUCUGUGAUGGUUGCUGGCUUCUCUGAAAUACACCGCAAGCAUUUUCCUCAGGUGGAACAGACCCUUUCUGAGGAGGUUCUCCUGGUCUCAUCCAUGCCUUGCUUCCACUUAGCUCCACAGUACAUCCUGCUUGGAGUGGCUGAAGCCUUGGUAACUCCCUCUUGUUCAUUGCUAUCAUUCUGGCUUGUACCAGAAAGAAUUCGAGGAAUUUCCAUGCAUUUUUUAACUCUCUUCAAUGGAGCUGGCUGCUUUAUGGGAGCUUUCUUUGUUCAGACAGCCCACACUGGCACUCAAGGCAACUGGUUUCCACACUUGCUACAUGAAGGUAAAUUGGAGAGAUUCUUCUUCUUCUUGGCUUCCUUGAUGAUGGUGAACACCCUUGGGUUCUGGACCAUUGCACACAGAUACAGCAAUCUGAACCAGGCGUAUGCCAGUGAAUUCAGAGGAAGUCUUUCUGAGGAAAAAGUCUUUCUGAAACACGACAAAGUCGUCGAGCACUAUGGUAGUGUCCUGGAUCAUUCUUCCAUUUUGUCUCCUAUGGAGACAACUUGA